UGUAGAGUAUGAUUACUCCUGUCUCUCUGGAAUCUGUAUCUACCCCAUCUAGUAUCUAAUUUAUAUAGAGAGAGUGAGAGAGAGGGAGAGAGUCGUUGGUUGCUGCUAAUGGGUACCAAAGAGGAUGAGAGAUUGGAGGAGAGAUUGCUCUUGGAAGAUGGAUUUCCACAGAACGAAAGCAGUGGACUAUACACUGGAGAUGGUUCAGUUGACAUCAAGGGGCAACCUGUGUUGAAGAGCAACACUGGAAAUUGGAGAGCAUGCCCCUUCAUUCUUGGUACUGAAUGUUGUGAACGCUUAGCUUUCUUUGGGAUUGCUAUUAACCUAGUCAGCUAUCUCACCAAAACAAUGCAUGAAGGAAAUGUCUCUGCUGCAAGAAAUGUUUCCAAUUGGACAGGCACUGCCUACCUAACACCGCUUAUCGGAGCAGUCUUGGCAGAUGUAUGUUGGGGAAGGUAUUGGACAAUUGCUGUCUUCUCUGCAAUUUAUUUUUUGGGAAUGUGCAUAUUGACUCUAACAGCCACAGUUCCUGCACUGAAGCCAGCUGAAUGUGUUGAUUCCCUAUGCCCUCCAGCUACUCCUGCUCAGUAUCUGUUAUUCUAUCUUGGGUUGUAUCUGAUUGCACUAGGCACUGGCGGGAUCAAACCAUGUGUUUCCUCAUUUGGGGCAGAUCAAUUUGAUGAUACCGAUCCUAAAGAGAGGGCAAAGAAGGGAUCUUUCUUUAACUGGUUUUAUUUUUCUAUCAAUUUUGGUGCUCUUGCAUCAACUAUUUUAAUUGUGUGGAUUCAAGAAAAUGCUGGGUGGGGCCUGGGUUUUGGCAUCCCUGCAUUGUUUAUGGGCAUUGCCAUUGUAAGUUUCUUUUCAGGCACUCCACUAUAUAGAUUUCAGAACCCGGGGGAAAGCCCUCUUACAAGACUUUGCCAAGUUUUGGUUGCAUCAUUCCGCAAGUGGUAUUUGGAGGUCCCUACGGACAGUAUUCUCCUGUAUGAAACACCAGACAAAACCUCAAUAAUUGAAGGAAGCAGGAAACUGGACCAUACCAAUGAUCUGAAGUGCCUUGACAAAGCUGCGGUAAUUACAGACAUUGAGAACAAAAAUGGGGACUUCUCCAAUCCGUGGAGGCUUUGCACCGUAACGCAGGUGGAGGAACUAAAAAUGUUGAUUCGCAUGUUUCCAAUUUGGGCUACUGGAAUCAUCAUAUGUGCUGUUUAUGCACAAUUGGGCACAUUGUUUGUUGAGCAAGGUAUGAUGAUGGACAGGACCAUUGGUUCCUUCUCCAUUCCUGCAGCCUCUCUUUCAGCAUGUGACGUCAUAAGCGUUAUUUUCUGGGUCCCUGUUUACGAUAGGGUCGUCGUCCCUAUUGUGAGGAAAUUUACUGGCAGAGAGAAAGGCUUUACAGAGUUGCAACGUAUGGGAAUCGGCCUCUUUAUUUCAGUACAAUGUAUGGUAUCUGCUGCUUUGGUGGAGAUGAAGAGAUUGGCACUUGCACAAGCCCUUGGUUUGGUUGACAAAAAUGUUCCAGUACCACUUAGUAUCACGUGGCUAAUACCCCAAUAUUUUUUGUUCGGUGCUGCAGAAGUAUUUACAUUCAUCGGGCAGCUUGAGUUCUUUUAUGAGCAGUCACCGGACGGCAUGCGUAGCUUGUUUGCUGCAUUGUCCCUUUUGACAACUUCCAUGGGAAGCUACUUGUGCUCUUUUAUUCUUACUGUAGUGACAUCUAUAACAACCGAGGGUGGGAAGGCUGGAUGGAUAGCGGAUAACUUGAAUGAGGGCCAUCUCGAUUAUUUCUUCUGGCUUGUGGCUGCACUCAGCAUAGUAAACUAGGUGGUUUUUGUCUUUUGCGCCAAAAUGUAUAAACCAAAAAAGGCCUCAUAAGUUUUUUUUUUUUUUUCCUCUGCAAGUGCUGGGAAUAUGAUCAGUGUAUGUUUCUGGAAUUUCAUAUUUCCAUCCAAGUUCCAAGAAGAUGUUUGUAACAUAAAUGUUGUAGAAAAAGUAUUUGUUUGUAAUGUAAGUACUAUGCGUUUACGUUUAUAGGCUGUAAAACAUUCUUUCUAUCAUGACGUAAAAUUAAUAAAAUAAUACAUGAAAUUGUU